GAAAUGGAUAAAAUCCGGUAAAGUCCGUGACGUGGUUUUUCUUAGUCGGCGAGAAACGUCACUGAAAAUCCCAUCGAGCUACCGGCAGCGGCGAGGUCGGCCGCCAUGUCCCUGAACGUGUCCAUCAGUGGCUAUGGCCUCCUGCAGGACCCGCACAACCGGUUCCCCGACAUCUUUGUCUUCGUGCUCAAUGUACAGCAGCCGCAGAGCGUGGCCUCGAUCUCGACCUGGACCGUGUACCGCCGGCUCGAGAUGUUUGAGCAGCUGAGCCAAAGCAUCGCGAGCGAGUUUCCGCAGCUGCGCCUGCCGCCCUGCCCGAUCAUGCACGCUGCGUCGGCCAUGAACCUCGGCAACCUCCAUGGCAUUGAGCGGUGCCGCGACGACCUGCAGCGCUGGCUCGCGCACCUGCUCUCGUACCCGUACCAGAACUCUCUCUUGCAGUCGCACGCGUUUGUCAACUUUAUCUCGGCCGAGGCCAACACGGUGCCUCAAGGCCUCCUGCUCUCGCAGCACUUCUUCCCCAACCAAGCCGGUGGCCUCCCGGCCGCGCCAGCUCCCUCCGCCAGCGCCGACCACAACAUUGGCGAGAUGGACAUGGACUUUAUGUUUGCGGGCGGUGACGAUGCGAGCAAAGACGACGAUCAAUUCCAGUUUGACCACAUGCCGCCGCCGUCGCCGGCCAAUGGCACGCUCGACACGUCGAAUUUCGACAUGCAGCCCGCGGAAGGCAAGGUGGCGCUGGACGACUUCCACCUGAUCAAGGUCAUCGGGAAGGGCUCGUUCGGCAAGGUCCUCCUCGUGCGCAAGAAGGACAACGGUGUCGUGUACGCCAUGAAGGUGCUUCGGAAGGAAAACAUCAUCAAGCGCAACCAGGUCGAGCACACUCGCACGGAACGCCACGUGCUCGGCUAUGUCCGGCACCCGUUCAUCGUCGGGCUCAACUACGCAUUCCAAACCAGCGAGAAGCUCUACUUUGUGCUCGACUAUUGCGCCGGCGGUGAGCUCUUCUUCCACCUCGGCAAGGUGCAACGCUUCAAAGAGCCCCGCGCGCAGUUUUACGCGGCCGAAAUCACGCUCGCGAUCGAGUACGUGCACAACCUCGACAUCAUCUACCGCGACCUCAAGCCCGAGAAUGUGCUCUUGGAUGAGAAUGGGCACAUUCGCCUCACCGACUUUGGUCUCUCGAAAGAAGGCAUUCAGGACGACUUUUCGGGCGCCAACUCGUUUUGCGGCACGCCCGAGUACCUCGCGCCCGAGAUCCUCAACCGUGCGGGCCAUGGUCGUGCGGUCGAUUGGUGGUCGCUCGGUGCGCUCCUCUACGAAAUGCUCACGGGCCUCCCGCCGUUCUACUGCCGUGACCGCGACAAGCUCUUUGAGAAGAUCCGCCAGGGCGAGCUCACGUUUCCGAAGUACUUGAGCCCCGCGGCGGUCGAUUUGCUGGCACGGUUAUUGGAGCGCGACCCGACCAAGCGGCUCGGGACGGGGCCCACGGACGCCGGCGAGAUCAAGUCGCACCCGUUCUUCAAGGAGAUUCAGUGGGACCUCCUCGCGCUUGGCCAAGUGCCCGUGCCAUGGAAGCCGACGUUCAACGGCGCGCUCGACACGUCGCAGUUUGACCGCGAGUUCACCGACAUGCCCAUCAACAGCCCGGACACGCGCAGCACGUACGGCUCGUCGGUCGGGCGCCGCCAGCUCUUCCGCGACACGGAAGGUCUCUUUCAGGGCUUCACGUACACGGACGACGACUCGUACAUGGAGUUUGCAAAUCGCGGCCCGCUACCGCCAAGCCACUUUUAGCCAAAAGUAAACCAACGGAACUAUACAUACCCACUGAUACCGGCGC